CCAUCCCCUGCUCACUUGUCUCUCUCCGGAUGAAAGCUUUCCGUGCUACUGUACCGUGUGGUGAUCUCCAGCUUCUCCCACCUCCCAGUCUCUCCAGGCGCUCUUUCCCCAGGAACGCUGUGGAAGAAAAGUCCGCCUCAGACUUGCCCUCCCUCCCAUCACAGCUGCUGGACUGAAGCUACCCUGAGCGAGAGCCGAAGGAAAGCAGAGGGGAGAGAGUGUGCUUGCUCAGACUGAGAGAUUUCAGUGUGUGUCAGUGAUGCAGAGUGUAGUGUAGUUUACAGCAGGCGAAGAGAGAGAGAGCCAGAAGAGCUAAGUGGGCAGUAAGGGGUGGCAAGUUGGAGAAGUAAGAAAAUGCAGUAGAGGAAGAAGAAGGAGUGAAUUAAAGAGCAAAAAGAAAAAGGGAGGUACAAUAACAACGCCCCUCAGCACUUUCUCUCUUGUUAUCUCUCUCUUUACUCUUUCUCUCCUCUUCUUCUCACCCUCAGCGAAGAAGCAGAGGAAGACUUUUUUUUUUUUUUUUUUUUUAAAGGUUCAGCAGCUUGAGAGCCUCAGCGACGACUCUGAGAAGCAAAGUCACGCUUCAGAAGAGGCUGCGGGAGAGGAAGACCGACUGUCUUCUGGGGGCAGAGGGACACAUAAAGGGACUUUGUUACUCUGCUCCAAAAACCACAAACACGGGGGCAAUUAGCUGGCGACCAGAUACAACUCAGCAGACAAUCCUGGGGACAGAAACUUCCCCGAGAAGAGAGCGAAGUCAACUGACCGAAGAUCAGUUGAGAGCGGGACAGAUAGGUCACAACGAGACGAUAACACAGAGAAACUGAGAGCAAAGGAGGAAGAGCACUGGCCUCUCCGGUGUCCUUGCUUGCCCCCGUCUUCCAACCCCUGGUCUCCCACCCCCUCUCAGCCGAGAUGAUGAUGUAUUUCUGGGGUAACCAAGAGGCCCCAGCUCCUCCUGAAGCCAUGGCCCAGCCCUUCCCACCAGCCCAGUACCCUGCUCCGCCACAGAACGGGAUCCCCGCUGAGUAUGCCACGCCCCACACCCACCCACCGGCUGACUACACGGGACCAAGCACGGUGGCAGAGCACGCCCUGACCCUGUACACGCCGACACACACGCACAGCGAACAGCCGGGAACUGACAGCCCCACCCUCACAGCCAAUACAGUAACGCAGGCGGAGGAGGCCGUACAGACGGAGGGCUCCCAGCAGCUCCACCUGCAGGCCAACGACUCAUCUGGGAAGCAGCAGCCCAAGAGGUUACACGUCUCCAACAUCCCCUUCCGUUUCCGAGAUCCUGACCUGCGGCAAAUGUUUGGGCAAUUUGGCAAGAUUUUAGACGUGGAGAUUAUUUUUAACGAGCGAGGCUCCAAGGGCUUUGGGUUUGUAACAUUUGAAACAAGUGCAGAUGCCGAUCGUGCACGGGAGAAACUAAACGGUACAAUCGUAGAAGGACGGAAAAUAGAGGUCAACAAUGCCACAGCCAGAGUAAUGACCAACAAAAAGGUGGCGAACCCUUACACAAACGGCUGGAAGCUGAAUCCAGUGGUUGGAGCUGUAUAUGGUCCUGAAUUUUAUGCAGUGACAGGCUUUCCAUACCCCAGUACAGGAGCAGCCAUGGCCUAUAGAGGGGCCCAUUUGAGAGGGAGGGGCCGGGCCGUCUACAACACGUUCCGCGCCGCACCUCCUCCUCCACCUAUCCCUGCCUACGGAGCUGUGGUGUACCAGGAUGGCUUUUAUGGUGCGGAAAUAUAUGGAGGUUAUGCAGCUUACAGAUAUGCCCAGCCGGCUGGUACUGCUGCAGCUGCAUACAGUGACAGUUAUGGCAGAGUCUAUGCAACAGCAGACCCAUAUCACCAUACGAUCGGUCCUGCGGCGACUUACAGUGUAGGCACUAUGGCUAGCCUUUACAGAGGAGGGUGCAGUCGCUUCACUCCCUACUAGAAAAGAGGGAGACACGCCCCCUUUUCCUUCCCCCGCAAAACAGACACACCAAAAACAAAAACAAAAAACAACAGCAACCAAUGAUAUCACUAAAUCACCACCUUUACUCUCUUUAUGGAAAACUAAACACGAAAUGAUUCCAGGUGGCAAAAUGUGACAAGAAUCUUUCUCAAACUUGUGUACACAUUGUCAUUGAUUGAUGUACUGUACUUCUUUUGGAGAAUAACAUUUUGUUACAGUGUUGACUUGAAUAUAUUUGUAUUGAAAUGUGUG